UGGAAAUGGGUAUAUUAAUCAUUGUUUUCCAUUUUGGACAGAGCCUGGGUAGUUGUUUCACACUGCUUCCACUCUAUGCCAAGUUAAGCCAACUGUCUGCUGGCUGUAUGACAGACACAAGAGUGGUAUCCAUCCUCUCAUCUGACUUUUGGCAAGAAAAAAAUGUUGAGCUAUUCCUCUAUGGAUGUAUACUUUUUACAGUGUUUGCAGUGUACAUUCAAACUGAUACUCACAUCAGCUCAAGUUCAACAUCUACUGGGUGGAAGAGGAGUUAAUAUCAGGCGCAAGUGUAAACCAGUGGUCAGUCUCUAAUUUUGGCAAACUUCAAAUUCUCAGGAGCCAAAUGCAUGGAUGGGUACACUUCUACAGUCCAUGACACACGUUAAAGUUUCAGUUAGACACCUCCGACGUGGAAUUGUCCUCAAUUACCGGGUUAAAGUGUACUUUGACUCCCAGCAGAUAAACUAUGCCUUUGGCUGUCAUUAUAAAACUGAUAAGUGCCACUGUCUAGAGGGGUUUGCAUAGUGGCUUUGACUGGAGGUCAGUUCCUCUGCCAAUCCCCAGCCGCAGUCUUUAAGGCAGCACACUGGCCAAUUAAUCUUUGAUAUCUGCCAGAGGGUGACUCCUCCCCAACCCAAUUAAAGCCUUUUAUACAAGUGGCAUGGGACAACACAGCAGCCCCGCAGUAGAACAACAUCUCUCUUGAAUUUGACCUUCCACCAGCAUGAGGACUCUUCAAGAAAAAAUCAUCGUUCUUUCGGUUCUUCUGUCUUUGAUCUGUGUCGUUCAGGUCAACUCACUGCCUCUGCCUGAAGACUGGAAUGGUUUGAUCCGGCGGACCAAGCGAUCACUGCUGUGGCGCUGGAACAGCAUGAAGCCUGUUGGUGCCAGCUGCAGAGAUCACUUAGAGUGCGGCACUAAAUACUGCAGGAAAAAUAUCUGUUCCUUCUGGAUCUCCACCUAAAGAAGAGAUACACAAUCAUGAUUCUGUCGGGACGACUGCUGACAAAACAGACAUCUGCCUUAUGGAACCAAGCAACCUCCCUCAAAAUGAACCCAAAUUAUUACACUAUUCAAGUCAAAUAUUCUGACUUGAAUAUUUAAGACAUAUUGGAUCAUUAUCAGUGAAAGGAAUUUGAUCUGGCCUUGCACAGCAGCAAAACAAAGCUGUAAAAGUUGGAGUCACAUGAAGAGUAAAAUAGCUCCAUCUACAGUGAUAGGGAUUUUUAUUUUUUACCAUUUCAUUUCUUUACAAAUCUGGCAGAACAUCAGACAGGCUGUGUACAUCUGAGCAUGUUCUUAAUAAGAAAAUACAAAUAUUCACGCAAAGUUUUUGAGGUGCUCUGAGUUUAUUGGUUCAUGUUAUUUUUAUAUAUUUAUUUGUACAUAUUGUAAGCAAUGUUAAUAUUCAAAUAUACUUUACAUUUUUUAAGAGGUUGUAAAUUUUGUUUGUCUUUAACUGUAAAACAAAUUGAAAACAAAUUAAAAUAUUCCUCAUAGUUCCUUCUACUUUUUAAUGCAAUGGAAUAACCUGAAAAAACUUUUCUGUUGGUUGCUGAAAAAAAAAACUUAAAAAAAGACAUAUUUGGAACCCCCCAUAUUUUUAAUUAAAUGUAUUUCCCAGGUUCUCGGGUACAAUGAAAUGUUU